CUCGUCCUACUAAGCAGCUCGAAUCGCUGCACGCCCAUAAUAGUCUCUCGGGGCAGCGUGAGCAGCCAAUUGUUGUCUUGGGGCCGGCUAAAUCCCAAAAUGUUGAAUCUGCUCCUCAGAGUACUCACAUUUGUUACAUCUGCGGGAAGGAGGGGCACUACAGCGCGCAAGAUUGUACAUUCCUAUCAGCUAAGGUCCGAUCAGCCAAGUUCCAUCGGUUUAUGGAGCUCGCGCCCGAGCUACGGGAGCGGAUUUACGACUUCGCGCUGGCGAGCGAGCGACCGAUCCUGCCUCACCUCUGCGACCGCACGCUAAAAUUCCACGACGACAAUCAACAGCAGCAUGAUGCUACUAAUAGACUUUUGGGUAUCACCAAGGUUUCAAAGAAGGUCCGCAACGAGGCCCUACCCAUGUUCUAUUCUGCAAAUACCUUCCAGGUUGGCAGUGACACGGUCACUUACUUUGAUCGACUUGAGCAUCUGGGUCGGUUCCACUUGAUUCGCCAUGUUCGAUUUGACAUUCCCAUGCGGAGGGAGAUGAGAGCAGGCGGCAUACUGCGCGGAAUGAACCAGUACAUCAAGGAGGCAGACGCGUAUGAGGCGGAAUUUCUCACGGGACAGCCAUCCACGCGCACGUGUUCGUACCUAAUCGGCUCAAGUUUCCAAUCCCUCAUAGACCACCCGCAAUAUUGUGCCGGCGGCAUCGAGGAGCUGAAGAUGUUCAUAGCACUACGAAAGCUAACAUCAACAUUCACCCCCCUGGCCUCAUCAUCAUCAUCACCCUCCUCCGCCCCAACCUUCACGUCAAAGCUCGUCCUACCCAUCCCACGCGCAGACAUCUUCACACAAUACGACUCUCUCAAAUGGUUCCCAACCGUCUGCUACGGCCUCGGCAUCCACCUCCACCUAGUCGAGAACAUUCCUUUGGACUACGCGGGCCAGGGCCUCAUCAGCAUAACCUGGCACCAGAAGUACCAGAAGAAGGACUUUGGUAGCACUGGUUCCUCUUCUUCUACGAAUUUCACGUCGUCUGCUGCUGCUGCUGUCCACGACGAUAGUGCUCAGACGGAAGUGUACACGCGCGCACUCGAACUCUUUCCUAGCCUGGAGAGCAUGGCGCGGCCUACGUGCAACACGUAUCAUAGAUCGAAUUGCAAGCGCGACGCUAUUCGCUGGUACUCUAUGCCCACUGAGGGCGGGGGGGUUUUC